AUGACUACAGAAAGUGAAAGGUCAAAAAGUAAAAAUAACACCGAUAAUAUUGUUGCUUCCAAUGACAAUAAUCAAGUGAAAUUAAAGACUAUAAGGCAUAUAGAAUCCGGAGAAAGAGCGUGGUGGAUGGACUCGGACUCAGAGAAAAAAAAUACUAACACAAGUGAAAAUCAGAAGCCACCCAUAGAGAAAAAUACACCUAAGAAAAUAAGACACAUUGAAUCAGGUGAGAGAGCGUGGUGGCUAGAAUCGAAUGCAGAAAGCAAAAGCGAGAAGUUGCCUCCAGCAAAUGGUUCAGACAACACUGAUAAAUCUGAUAAUUUCAAACUACCCAAGAAAAACAAAUUUGUAGAAGAUGAAAAACCAUGGUGGCUUGACAGCUGCGCUAACAUCCCUGAGGGCGUGGAGCGUUUGACGCCGCCCAGGAAAUCAUCAAGUGACAGUGAGAAGAGUGAAAAAUUCAACUUUUUCAAAGUGCGACAUAUCGAAUCAGGGGAGCAAAAGGAUUGGUGGGCUACAAGUAACGAGAACUCAAGUAGUAACAGCAAGCCUGAACAUCCCAACAAUUUGAGCAAAUCUAAUUCAAAUCAAAAUAGUUUGAGCAAAUCUAGUUCUUGUCAAAACAGUUUAAGUAAAUCUGGUUCGAACCAGCCUAGUUUCCCUCUGCGACGCAUACGGCACAUUGAAUCAGGAGAGAGACCGUGGUGGCUAGCAAGCGAUAAGAACAUUCCAGAAGGAAUCGAAAAGCUACCUACUCCACCUCCUCAAGAAGACAGCGAUUCAUCGGAUUCGGACGAAGUACAGGUGUAUAUACCAUCCGCACAAAUCCCUCCUUUCCCCUUACACCUCGAUGACGAGCCGUUGGGUGAUAGAAGAAGUCCAGAAGGCUUAGAGACGCCGAAAGAAUCCGAACAAUACGAAGGUCGUAUGUCACCCUACGAGAACCAUCGUCAAUUUAGAAGAAGGGGAUCAGGGACGUCAUAUCAGAAGAGUGCGGAGAAAUUCGUGUCGCGAUACACCGAUAUCGACGACAUUCUAGGGACGUCCGGUCAAAUAUACAGGCCAUUUAUGGACAGUAUAUUGGCUCGGCGGACGGGCCAGAUGCCGUACGACGACGACGAGGUGUGCGAGGAGAUCGACCCGACGCAAGUGAGGAUCCACGACAGCACUGCCCAACGACCGGUCAUCAAGAAGCUUCGGAGCCGAAGCGAGAUCAUUGACUGCCGGGAUGAAGAUCAGUUGGACGACGCGACCCUGCAGGUGUUCAAAGAUGGCGACUACGGGCCGUACCUCGACCUGGACUCCACGCUCAACGAGCAGGACGAGGAGCUGGAGGGCCUGCAAGACAGUCGGAAGAACGCAAUCAUUCUGCGAACACAGCUGUCGGUGCGGGUGCAUGCCAUCAUCGAGAGGCUACUGCACUCCCAAGGGAGGGAGCUCCGGAGAGCGCUGUUCACCCUCAAGCAGAUCCUCCAAUCGGACAAGGACCUGGUGCACGAGUUCGUGGCCAACAAGGGCCUGGACUGCCUCAUGCAAGUCAGCAGCAUGGCCGACCACAACUACUUGGAUUACAUCCUGAGAGCACUUGGACAGAUACUUCUGUAUGUUGACGGCAUGCACGGAGUCAUGGCCAACAAGCACUGUAUCCAAUGGCUCUACUCCCUCAUCUCCAGCAAGUUCCGUCACGUAGUCAAAACAGCGCUCAAACUCCUCCUAGUCUUCGUAGAGUACACUGAAAAGAACUGCCUCCUCCUCAUAGAUGCUAUUAACACCGUAGACACUUCUAAUGGCAGACAACCCUGGUACAACGUCAUGAAAAUACUCCAAGACUUCGACGCCUCGGACACAGAACUAUUAAUUUACGCUACAACGUUGAUAAAUAGGUGUCUGAACAGCGUCCCCGACAGAGACAUGUACUACGACCAGGUUGAUGCCCUGCAGGACCAGGGGAUGGAUAAUAUCGUGCAGUUGUACAUGUCGAAACAAGGGACAGACUUGGAUCUGUUGAGGCAGUUGCAGAUUUUCGAAGCCGUGCUGCUUUACGAAGAUGGAGACGAAAGUGGGACUGCUUUAAAGCAACUAGACGAAUCUGUAAUCAACUCCGUGCAUCGCCGAAGCAUAAACUUGAACACGUCAGAAAGGAGAAAGUCCAAGAAGCAACAAAUGAAGGACAAAGCCAAACAAGCUACCCACGUCGAACCAGACGAGCCAAGCAUAAAAGAGCCCAAACCACUGAACAACAUACGACCGCCCUUCCUACCCUGCAUACUCGACAAUAAGGAGAAUAAAGAACUCACUACGGCUUUAAAGAGAAGACGAGACCGCUUCGCGAGGCAAGCCCAUCACAUAACACAGCAACGGGAAAUGCUCAACUCCAACGGCUUCAGCGGACUCAACGGGAAUCUCACGAACGGCAGUUACUCUUAUGGGGACUAUUCCAACGGAAAUUAUUGCAAUGGAAAUGGAAAGCCUUACAGCAACGGCAUUAACGGGCACCAGGGAGAAGAAGAGAGGCCUCAUAUCAAUAACCUGUGCGAUAUACUCAAAAACGGAAACCAAAGAUAUACAGCUGGACUGAAACAAAGAAUACAAAACGGCACCCUAGGCCACAGCGUGACGCCCGCAGACGCUCUCACAGUGAUUCGUCAGAAGAUGGAGCUUCCCGUCGACACCAUGGACGACCGAGGAGUGUUAUUGAACAGGGAGCACAGCAUCAAGGACCUGGCGCAGCGCCUCACGAGCCCCGUCAGCCCGACCACUGAGGAGAAACCUUUGAGAGUGUCUGACAUGGCCGGAAUAGUGUCGAAAGCCAAAGAAGAAUUAGCUAAGUCCCAAUCAAAAGAGGUGAUAAAGACUCCAACAAUAGAAAAAACUCCAAAGCUCCACGAAAUAAAAAUAUCAGAGAACGAUCUCCAUUGGGAAGAAUUGAAAAAGGGAUGUCUUAACCGAGAGUUCCAUCUCUGUGACUUAGACUUCUCGGAUUUGUGUCAGGACACUGACGACGAAAUGUCAUCGCCGGCUACCAACGCUGCCGGUAUCCCUCCGCCGCCUCCACCAGGGAUGUUCCCUCUUGUCGGUGUUCCGCCUCCACCCCCUGGUUCAUUUCCACCGUUUGCCAAGAGCGUCCCUGCACCACCACCAAAGCAUUCACUCUCCGAGAUCUCAAACGAUUCAGAUAGUUCAACUAUCAAGAAGAACAAGAAAACUGUCAAGCUGUUCUGGCGAGAGAUCCAGGAGUGUCCGCCGCCGACGGUUAGGACGAAGAUUGGAGGAUUCAUAUGGGACGAUCUGCCUGAUGUGAAAUUGGACACUGCUAUGUUGGAGCAUCUUUUUGAAUCCAGGACUAAUGACUUGAUAAUUAAGAAGCUAAUGGAACCAAAGAGGAAUCUCAUACUAGAUGCGAAACGAUCCAACGCUAUAAACAUAGCAAUGAAGAAAUUGCCCACACCACAAACAAUCAAGGCAGCCAUCAUGAAAAUGGACGCCACAGUAAUCGGUAGGGAGGGCAUAGAGAAACUGCUGACAAUGCUUCCGACUGAAGAGGAAAAGGUCAAAAUACAAGAAGCACAGUACGCAAAUCCAGACCUACCACUGGGCAGCGCAGAGCAGUUUCUUUUGACUUUGGCGUCCAUCAACGAGCUGUCAUCCAGGCUCAGGCUUUGGGUCUUCAAACUAGACUUUGAUAACUUAGAGAAAGAAGUAGCAGAACCACUAAUGGACUUAAAGCAGGGCAUAGACCUGUUAAAGAUCAAUAAGACGUUUAAGGUCAUCCUCUCUACCCUGCGGUCAGUGGGGUCUUUCCUUAACGGCAGUCAGGUGCGAGGGUUCCGGCUAGAGUACCUGUCCAAGGUCAUGGAAGUGAAGGAUACGGUUCACAAACACCCAUUGCUGUACCAUAUCUGUGAGAUGAUCAUUGAAAAAUUUCCGGAUAGUACAGAUUUCUUCAGUGAGGUGGGCCCCGUCAUCCGAGCUUCUAAAGUAGACUUUGACAUCUUAGCCGCCAACUUGUCCAAGCUGGAGUCCGACUGCAAAGCCUCCUGGGACCACAUGAAGCGAGUGGCCAAGCACGACAGCUCACAGAUCUUCAAGACCAAAAUAAACGAGUUCCUCACAGAUGCAGCGGAGAGGAUCAUACUACUGACGAUCAUUAAGAAGAGGGUUAUGGCCAGGUACACCAAGUUCCUUCUGUUCCUGGGAGUCCCGGCAGCGGAUAUCUCCAAGACGAAGCCCUCAGACUUCCUGAAGGUCAUCGCAGAGUUCGCCCUGGAGUACAGGACCUCGAGGGAACGCGUGCUGCAGCAGUUGGAGAAGAAGGCUAACCACAGAGAACGGAACAAGACUAGGGGCAAGAUGAUUAUUGAUGUGGCAAACUAUUCUACCAAGAACGGUGACCACACGGCCGACAACGCUCUAAAGGAGCUCCUGAAGACUGACCCAGACACGGACAGUCUCACCGACGGCCGCCGCAAGAUGCAAGUCAAUUCUAGGAGGAGCCUCGUCAAUGGAGACCUGUCAGCCGACGACGAGAUCAUAGAGAGCCUCGUGCGGUCCGCGACCACGAAGCGGAGGCCCGUGACCCGAGAGAGGCGGAAGAACCGGCUUUCCGACAAGAAAAACUUGAACAGAACGUUGGACGGGCAUUAGGAUAACUGGAGGAGUUCUGUAAAGGUUGCCGGCUUCAACUCAAGAUAAGCAGUCGAAUGGGGUUUAGUGAUUAAUUAAUUUCUAAAUUUAUUUAUUCAACUAGGGAACCUUGAAUCUCAUUUCCACUCAAUCGUUUAUAUGUUUAAGCAUUUCUUUUGCCUUUAUAUUAACUUCCUAAGUCUGUGUUUGUUUUGUGACUCUUCGUGAUAUUGUUUUUGUUAAAUAUAUAUAAGGGCCUCCCCACACUAGUGUCUCAUCCUCAUAAUUUCUGAUCGGCGGCGGACUGUUGAUGCAAGACGCCAUUUUCAAUGCACUUACUAUUAUUAUAUUAAAGACUGUGAAGUGAUGGGGGGAAGGAAGGAAGGAAGAAGAUGUGGGGUGCCUCUAAACAAAACGUAUUUAAGGCACAGUGAAAAUGUAUUUAACAUAAAAUACGGAACGAUUGGAGUACGAUUUGAGUAAUUUAAACAUGAUAGCUACUGGUAAGAAGAAAGAGUGCGAAAAUUAAAACAUCACAUAUAUGGCCUUUAGGCAAAUUAGUGAGAUUAGUCUGAUUAGGUUUUUUUAUAAUACAUAUACUCAAAAUCUCAAAUAAGUUUAUAGGUAUUUUCUACCGCUUCUUAAUAUCUUGAAUUGUGGGAUUGCUUGCGAUUCCUGACAUUUGUUUAUUUUCUAUAUUUAUUUGAUAUUUUAAUUUUCCCUACGAGGAAAGGCAGCGAUAUCUAUAUAAAUUGAAAAUAUUUCACUUAAUGUGUCAAUCAUAAACCCAGUUUAUUAUAUUUUUCUUUACCUACCUUUCCCACACAUACAUGUAUAUUUAUUUUUAUUUUGUAAACUAUCACUAUGAUAUAACUAAUAUUAAAAAAUCAAAGAGUUGAUUAAGUUAUGUAGGUAGGUAAUGUUAAAUGCAUGUAGGUAGGGUAGGUAGGUACUUAUAUUAAAAUUUACUGCAAUAAUUUUUAAUAUUUUCAAAAUCCCAGUACAGUUUUAAUCAUCUGUACUGUGUAAAUAAUUAUGUGUACAUAUGCAAUUUUGUAUUACAUCUAGUGUAAUCUUUUUCUACUGUUAUGUAGUGAUAUAAUCCAUUCAGUUAUAAAGUCGACGUGUAUUCAUCUUACGAUUUUUAGAUACAUAUAAGGCAAUGUCGUUUCUCUUUACUUAAAAUUUAAGUAAACGCCGUUCUUUGUUUUGUAAUAGCAAUCGAAAUAACACAUGCAUUUGUGAAACUAAUCUAAUUGGAAUAAACUCAGUAUUUCAAAUACUUUCAAAGACGAAAGGUGUCCUUACGGUCAAGUUAACUCUAAAAGCACCCAUGCACUGACGGUCACUCCGCGACCGCAUUACAACGGCCUGAGCGGUUCUUCGGUGUUGUCACUUACUUCUAGGCCGUUGCCGUCCGGCGGACUGACCGUCAGUGGGCCCCUUAUUGGGAGCGUUCCAUGAAAAGUCUACCGUUGUCCACUACAAACACGAAUUUUUUUCAAAGUGGCUGGUUCUUCUAAGGCAUCGUGCAGAAUUAUGCACAAAAAAACGAUAGCCUGCUAAUGCCAAACAAAAACUUAACACGAAAUAUAAUGCAUUUGCACUGGUCAGCCCAUGGAGUGCUCCAAUAAUGAAUGUGACGCUACUUCUACAUCUAUGCUAUUGCUGCAUGUGUGCCUUUGUCAUGUCAAAUAUUCCUGUACUGAACUGCGGUCUGCAGGUUACUAGGUAAUUUUUUAUUUUACAAAUAAGUAAAUACAUAUAAAGUGGUA